GCAGCGAUGAGAGAGGAGGUGGUGAUUUACUCCUAGCACCCUCGCACCUCAUUGGCGUCUCGGCCGAACAAGUUGCGGCCUAAGGAUCGAACCUCGCUUCUGAAGAGUUGCAUCACGAUCGAAGUGAAUGCGAGUCAAUGUUUGCAUUGUCUUUCUGAACUCCUUCUUCUCUGCCUGCAACCUCUUUAAAUUACAUCUCCAGCUCCAUCGGCUCGGCGGCGCCAUACACCAUAAAAGAGACACUAUGCGCGCCGCCUUGUACCCUCGACACCGCUAAACGCUCCCUACCACUACCCUCAUUCGGUCAUUACAAGAGCUCUAUGGUCAGGCUCACUUCACAGUGAAAGAACGCCAAGCCCACACUCUCUACAUCCCUCAAUAAGUGCCGACCAUCCCCAUAGAAGCGAAACCUACAACAUCACACUCACACUUCGACGACAUGCAGCGACGCGAUCGUGGCCUGGCGCAGUCGCUAGGCCUACCACUCACAAAGCGCGUCAAAGAAAGCCGCGUGCUUCUGGUCGGUGCCGGCGGUAUUGGAUGUGAGGUGCUUAAGAACUUGGUAUGCUGUGGCUUUGGCAGCCUUGCGAGCAAGAAUGGCACCAGGAAUGGUACACUGGAGACACCGGAGACCGAAACGGCAGCGGUGGCAUAUCGCAAGCCGGGAAUAGUCGUGAUUGACCUGGAUACCAUCGACCUUAGCAACCUCAAUCGGCAGUUCCUCUUCCGGAAGCAGCACAUCAAGAAGCCCAAAGCCUCCGUCGCGAAAGAAACUGCGUCGCAAUUCAAUCCUUCCGUCAACAUCGAGGCGCAUCACGCGAGCAUAUUUGACAGCCAAUACGAUGUCGAGUUCUUUAAGAGCUUCGAUCUUGUCUUCAACGCGCUGGACAAUCUGGCUGCGAGACGGCACGUGAACCGAAUGUGUCUUGCGGCCGACGUACCUCUGAUCGAAAGCGGCACGACUGGGUUCAAUGGGCAGGUGCAAGCGAUUAAGAAGGGCGUCACAGAAUGCUAUGACUGCAAUCCGAAACCUGUGCAGAAGAGCUUCCCAAUUUGCACAAUCCGCUCGACACCCUCCCAGCCAAUUCAUUGCAUUGUCUGGGCGAAGUCGUACCUCUUCCCGGAGUUGUUUGGCACAAGCGAAGAGGACUCCGCUGUUGUUGCCGUCACGGAAGGCGACAACGCGGAGGAGGUGGCCAAGCUGAGGGAGGAAGCUGAGGCGUUGAAGAAGAUACGACGAAUUAUGGGCAAAAGCGAGUUCGCACAAGAGGUGUUCAACAAGGUCUUUCAUGAGGAUAUUGAGCGCUUACGGAGCAUGAGCGAGAUGUGGCAGUCAAGGCAAGCACCGGAGUCACUCCGCUUCGACGACCUAGUAGCGGGCAUUGACGCAGAGAUUGUCCAGCGCGGCCAGGCUCUCGCUGUGCGAGACCAAGCAGUCUGGAGCCUACACGACAACUUAUCAGUCUUCUGCUACGCACUCGACACGCUCAGCAGUCGGGUCCAAGCAGGAGAGUCAGUCAUAGAAUUCGACAAGGACGACAAGGACACGCUAGACUUCGUGGCAUCGGCGGCGAACUUGCGAUCGCAUGUUUUCGGCAUACCGUUGCAUAGCGAAUGGGAGAUCAAGCAGAUGGCAGGCAACAUAAUUCCGGCAAUUGCGACGUCAAACGCGCUUACGGCGAGUUUGUGCGUGCUCGAAGCGUUCAAGAUCUUGCGAAGCCUGCCACAGGAGCAGAACGGCUUGAGCAAGCCCACUGCAAAUAACCACCUACCAACGACAACGCACAGCACAAUUGGUGGCAAGAGUGAGAGCGUGUUGGGCGGCUCGAAGCUUGUCUUCCUAACAUCGCGUAAUACGGAACGUAUGAUAACGGUUCAGAACCUGUCACAGCCGAACCGUGAAUGUCCAGUGUGUUCACCUGUGUAUGCGAAGCUGCAACUUCCGGCAAACGGCAACACGACGCUGCAGGAGCUAGUCGACGUGCUGAAAGCGACAGUUGGCUAUGAAGACUUCUCCAUAACCACUGACAUGGGUGUGAUCUUCGACCCUGACCUGGACGACAACCUUGCGAAGCCGUUAGGGGAAUACAUUGGCGCAGCAAACAGCUUCAUCACGGUGACAGAUGAUAGUGACGCGCCAAAAGUCGACCUGGUGCUCAGUAUCGUGGAGUCACUAGACACCACCACCGCAGAGGAGCCCCCACGGCUAAUGCCGCCAAAACUGUCGCUUCCACCGAAACCGCCGAAGGCACCCGAGACCAACCGUGAUGCGAUGGACAGUAAUGGCGUUCGAUUGGCGGUCGCCGCUGGCGUCGGCCUCAAGCGCAAGCGCGAAGCUGAAGCAGAGGUGGAAGGCGCGGUCAAGCGUGCCAAGGCCGCCAAGGAGGCUGCGAUCGAAGUCAUAGACGACGGCGGCGCCAUUGUACUUGACGACUGAGAUGAGGUACAGUUCGUCAAGUAUGUGCUUCUGUACACCAUUGUGACAGCGAACGGAGUUUGGGCGCGGAUGGCGGGAAGAUACCACAUGUAUGGGCUCUGCCCUGUUGAUCCUUGGAGCGCCUUCAGACCGGCGAUGCCAAGUGAGAUCUAUACAAUCAAUAAUGAAUGACUGUGCAUAUUUACCUACUGCGCCAGGUGCUUGUUAUCUGACCGACGAUACGGUUGCGCCACUUCUGGCCUGCACUACCUCUUUCUCACCUCCCCUGACUCCUCGCAUGUAGCCUCCAACCCGUUUCAAAUAUCGAUCGCAUCUACUUC